GUGACCCUACCUCUCUCUCAAGUCCAUUUGCAGCAGUAAUGCUGGCCGCCUCAUAUUUAAGACUUUCCUGGGUGCCAGGCUCUAGCUAAAGGCUUUACCCUCCCUGCUCGGGCUCUAUCUAAAAGCUUUAUUACUUUUACCUUCCUUUUUGCAAGAGGAAACGAAGGCCCAUAGAGGUUAAGUGAUGUGACUGGAAUCAGUCAUAGAUAGCCCUAAUAAGCAGUGCGUCUGGGAUCAUGAACUUGGACAACCUGAUUCCCAAGAAGCCCACUGCUUCUUAGAAAGUGGUUUUGAUUCUGUCUCCAGGGAUCUCUUUUGCACCAUCCUCUUCUAUCUUCGCCACCAACUCCCGACCUACAGACAUCAUCCAUGACCUCACAGCCCUGGACCACACUGCUAGGGCCCUUCGCUGCUCAUCCAUGUCCACUCUCGUCCCUUUUCAGUCUGUCCUCUGCUCUGCUGUUUUAGUAAUGGAAACAGGAGCAGGUCACCCGCCCACUCCCCAGAUAAAAUCCAGAGAGAAGUCCCUGCACGCACAGGUCCUGCCUCCUACCUCUCCGCCUUAAUCCCGAGCCACGUGCCCAGCCCAGUCCCGCUCUCCAUGCCUGGGGCACCCCGGCUGCCUUCCGCUUCCUCACCUCUGCCCUUUGUCAGAUGCUGUUCCCUGGACCCGAGAUGCUCUCCCUCCCCUCUCUGCACCCCUGGGUUCCUUGCAUCCUUCAGUCUCAGCUUUCAGGGCACCCUUGGGAGAAAUCGUCCCUGGUGGUCUCCUCAUAAGCAGGCAGCCCCUCAAGCCUGUUUUCCCUGUGGGCCUUUACAGCGUGCAUAACUUAGUACUUACUUAUUGUUUAAGAUUUAUUUUAUUUAUUUGAAAGGCAGAGUUACAGAGAAAUAUAUAUAUAGAGAGAGGUCUUCCAUCCACUGGUUCACUCCUCAGACGACUGCUAUGGCCAGAGCUGUGCCGAUCCAAAGCCAGAAGCCAGGAGUCUCCUCCGGGUCUCCCAUGUGGGUGCAGGGGUCCAAGGACUUGGGCCGCCUUCUACUGCUUUCCCAGGCCAUAGCAGAGAGCCAAAUCGGAAGAGGAGCAGCUGGGACUAGAACCAGUGCCCAUAUAGGAUGCCGGUGCUUCAGGCCAGGGCUUUAACCCACUGCUCCACAGUGCCGGCCCCGCCCAUUCCUCAUUAAAUAUCUCCUUGCUUCACCUGACCCUGAAGGGCUGUGAGGUCAUGGAUGACGUCAAAUUUUUUUCCUGGUUUACUCAAUGCCUAGCACACAGUAAGCCCCCAGUGACUGCUGCCUGGACGCCUGGUACGCAGAAUAAGGCGUGGAUCCUGGGUGAACCAAGCUAGCUUUGGUGAGGGCUGUGUCCUCUCCCUCCGCCUGUCUUGUCUCCUUUUCCCUGUUCAGAGCAGUGUCAGGCCUAGAGGAACAGCCCCAGGGAAGAGAGACUGUAAGUAGGUUUUUCUUUAGGGCCCAGGGGCCAGCCACCGCCCACUCCCCGGGGGUACAGCGCCUGGAUUCCUCCUGGUCAAAUACAGCACUGUCUAGCUCCAAACACGUGCAUCCAGCAGGUGCACUGACUUCAUGACGGCGGCGUGGAGGUGGAGUAGGCGUUCAAAGGCACAGGGCCCAGUGUUGACCUUGACCAGUUGGGUGACUCUGGGUGAGUCACCUCUCCUGGCCCAUCUGCAAAGUGAAUAUUUAGGAGGAAUAAGUGGCCCUAGUUGAAUAUACCCCCCUCCCACCCCAGAAGCUCAACUCUUUAAACUUUUCAAAUGACCGAUAAGAGAAUCAGAUAAAGGUCACAUGUUUCUGGGUGCAAUGGGGAAGCAGGGAUGCAGCGCUCCUCUCCAGCUUCCUCCUCUGAGUCUGCAAGUUUGGGGAGAUGGCCAAGUCUUGGACUGGACCUCUCCGCAGAAGGGGCCCGGAUCAGAUAUUCAGAGCGUUUAGGUGUUGGAGAACAUUUCACAGCAAUCGAAGUGCAGAGCAGGCAGCCCCUUUGUGCAAGGAGGAGGCGGCUCUGGCUAUCCUAGAAAAGUGAUGAGGGCCCAGGAGAGAGGAAGCCCAGAAGACUCACCCUCCUGCCUUGAGAGGAGGAAGUCACUACGCCUACCUCUCAGGCCAGGGAUUUCCCGUCUGAAGGGACAGCCCCUGGAACAUACAGAUAGCUCGGCUUCCAGGUCCCGUGGGUUGCCACGCCCUGGGAGGGACUCAGGUCCCCCACAUCCCCACCCCACCACCCAGGCCGCUCCCUGGCCUUGGCUCCAGGUAGGUGUGCUCUAGAGGCUGCAGCCGGGGCCACCUGGCAGCCCCAGGUGCUGUGCGGGUGCUGCCAUGGAGACAGCCUCGGGGUUGGUGACGAGAAAGAAAGCAGUUUCCCAAAGCAUUGCAGGUUCAGGUUCAGGAGAGGGAGAGGCAAGAGCCCCAGACCUUCAGUGUAGUCUGCCCGACCACUGGAGCCCACGGAAGCCCAGGACACCUGCGGGGCAGUCGCCUGGGCAUGGCGGAGCAGCAGGGCCGGCCGCUGGAGGCCGAGUGCCCUGUCUGCUGGAACCCCUUCAACAACACGUUCCACACCCCCAAGGUGCUGGACUGCUGCCACUCCUUCUGCGUGGAAUGCCUGGCCCACCUCAGCCUGGUGACUCGGGCCCGGCGCCGCCUGCUGUGCCCGCUCUGUCGCCAGCCCACCGUGCUGGCCUCGGGGCAGCCUGUCACGGACUUGCCCACGGACACGGCCCUGCUGACCCUGCUCCGCCUGGAGCCCCACCAUGUCAUGCUGGACGGCCGGCAGCUCUGUCUCAGGGACCAGCCCAAGAGCCGCUACUUCCUGCGCCAGCCUCGGGUUUAUACACUGGACCUGGGCCCUGAGCCUGGGACCCAGACUCAGGACGUGGCCUCCCAGGAUGUGGCCCCUGCCACGGCGUCCGUGCCCAUCCCCCGUCCCCGCCGCGACUCCCUGCGCAGGUGUUUCCGCAACCCUCAGUUCCGCAUCUUUGCCUACCUGAUGGCGGUCAUCCUCAGCGUCACCCUGCUGCUCAUCUUCUCCAUCUUCUGGACCAGGCAGUUUCUUUGGGGGGUGGGCUGAGCCCUCUGCUCCCAGGCAGGAAGCGUUUCUGGGUUGCGGCUGGACAGAGCUCAUUUGCCGUCAUCCUCAGAAGCAUAGGUCGUUUUACAGCCCAGGGAGCCCUUACCCUGGGUCGUCGCUCCUGGCGGGCCCUCCUGUGAUGUCAGGGGAGAGGCGGAAGGGUUAGGAGACGUGGUGAGACCUGCAGGUGUGACCUCGGGGGUCACGAAGGGCAGAGAAGCCGUCUGACUACACAGCAACCCAGCAAGUUGUGCCAAAGGACUGGGCAAUGGUACCCGGGUUCCAGACCAGCCCCACAAGUUGCAUUUCCCACAGGAGCUGCUUUGAACUUAGUUCAUGUGUUGUUUUUUGUUGUUGUUGUUUUUACUUCGUUCUUUUUUGCUGUGUGUUGCUAAAACAUUUGGAAAGUGAGCUUCCGUUCUGUGGGCAAAUGUGCCUGUCUCCUCUUUCCAGCACUUUCUUUGGCUGUCUUUCCCCCAGCCCCAGUAAAAAUGGUCUGCAUUCA